GCACUGCUCGGAGCGCUCACACUCGAAGGAGUGAGUGCGAGAGAGGCGCUUAAGUAACUUUGAAAAGACAUUUUGGAUUGUUUCACCUGUUUUUUCCUGCCCUACUUGGUGUCGGAUUUCAGAGUACAUUUAACCAGAACCAGUUUUUUGUUUCGCUUUAAUAUUUUAGUGUUAUACGGAAGAAGUGGAGCGUCAUUUGACUACAUCGUAUCCAUCGUCUGGGACUAGAGCGCAGCACGUGUGUGGACUAGAGUUUAAUACUAUAUGAGUGAACUUUCUGUGUCCAAGGACUUUUAAGUGCGUUUGGGGGGAAACUGUGAGUUAAGUAUUGGACGGGAGGACGGAGGAGCCCCCCUCCCCUGCCUCCCAAUUGUUCAGGCUGUGCAUGAUUUGACUGAUGGAUGUCCAUACAUUCCUAAAGAGCUUCUGAGGAGUAAACAGAGAAGCAAGUCCAACAUUCUGGUCCCAUCACAUCCUACAGCUUCUCGAAAUUUAAACACCGUGAGUCGAAGUUGUGGGUGCCCUCAGAAGAGGAAGUUUGUAAGCAGGGGAGGGGGGCUUCUCCCGCUCUUGUACCCUCUCCCUAACCCCCAGCUCAGCAUGCACCAGCCCCUGAGCACCUCCACAGCUCCUCCAGCUCCACUACCAUGUGUAGAUGGACAGUGACACAAGGUGCAUCGGUCGCCUGGUUCUCCUCCUACCCCCGCCACAGCCACCACAAAACCCCGCCGCACCUCCUCCCCUUCGCCUUCCUUCUCCUACUCCUCCUGCUCGGACCGUCCUCAUCCCUGUCUUCUCCUGCACCGCAGAGUUUUAACCAAAGCCACCAUGCUGGAGGAAGGAGCCCACCACUCCCCUUCGUUUCACAGGAAUCAUCACCAUCUUUCUCCUCACCGGCACCUCUGCACGCCUCCUCCGCCAGGUUGCCACGGGCGACCAACGCGUCGUCGUCAUCUUCUUCAGGCGCCGUGGUGGGGCGCCACGUGCGCAGCAGCUACAACCACCUGCAGGGAGACGUGCGCCGACGGAAAUUGUUCUCCUACCAGAAAUUCUUCCUCCGCAUUGACAAGAAAGGGAAAGUCAACGGCACCAAAAGUGAGGACGACCCUUACAGUAUUCUGGAGAUCAAGUCGGUGGAUGUGGGAGUCGUGGCCAUCAGGGGCCUUAGCAGUAACUACUAUCUGGCCAUCAGCAAGAAGGGAGAGCUGUACGGCGCGAGGGACUUUGGGCCCGACUGUCGCCUGAUCGAGCGCAUCGAGGAGAACAAGUACAACACGUACGCUUCUGCGGAGUGGCGCAACAAGAGGAAGCACAUGUUUGUGGGACUCAACGCCAACGGCAAAGCCGUGAGGGGCAAGAAGACCAGAAGGAAAAACACAACCACUCACUUCUUGCCCAUCGUGGUGCAUCCCCGAUGAUGGGACAUUACUGUAUGUGUCCUGCCAGGGGAAGCUUCAUUCUGCAGACUGCUGAGCAUCUGGAGGGGGAUUUUGUUUGGAAGGAGACUGAACGCUACUACGCAUCCAGAGGAGCAACAAGGAUGGAAACCUAAAGACAUUCCGCAUCUGUCGUAUGAGGACACUUCUAUUUUUUAAAGAAAGAUAUAUUGCUAUACAAUGUACAGUAUAUAAUAUUUUUGGGUCUAACUUAUAAAAGAAUUCUGGCACAGUAGGAAAUAUGAGAAGAAUAAAUAAUGUGAUCAGCAACUGACAGAGAAGAAGAUGAGGAGGUGAGAAGAAGGGAGAAGUUGACAGACCAGCAAACCAAACAAGUCAAGCUCGAUCAAAAGUUUUCUUUAAAUUUAUUUAUUUUGUGUAAUAUUUAACAGAAAGAACAAAUACAUGCUAAAAAUGCAAUUGAGCGUCUUUAUUUUUUUUUUAACCAUUU